AUGGCUAACGGAGUGGUUCAUAUUUUCAAAGAAGACCGGUGUCCCUCGGGUCAUCCGGACGAUUGCCUCCCAAACUUUACUUGGCAGCCCGCGCUAUCGGAUAUGUUCAACUACACACCCAAUGGCACCUGGGAGUCGGACGCAGAGCCAAUGUCGCCUAUUAUCCCCAUCAUAGUGGCUGUGUACUCCGUGGUUUUCGUGGUGGGCUUAGUGGGCAACUGCCUGGUCAUGUACGUGAUUAUAAGAUACACCAAAAUGAAGACAGCCACAAACAUCUACAUCUUUAACCUGGCUGUAGCAGAUGCUUUGGUGACGACCACGAUGCCAUUCCAGAGCACAGACUUCCUUCUGAACUCUUGGCCUUUUGGAGAGGUGGCAUGCAAAGUGUUCAUCUCCAUUGACUACUAUAAUAUGUUCACCAGUAUCUUCACCCUGACCAUGAUGAGUGUGGACCGCUACGUGGCCGUGUGUCACCCUGUGAAAGCUCUGGACUUCAGGACGCCGCUCAAAGCCAAAAUCAUCAAUGUCAUCAUCUGGGUUCUGUCGUCCGGAGCGGGGAUCCCUGCCAUGAUCCUGGGCAGCACUCAGACCAAUAAUGGUACUACCGAGUGUGCCCUCCAGUUCCCAGAACCUUACUCGUACUGGGACACAAUGAUGAAGAUUUGUGUCUUCAUCUUCGCCUUUGUUGCCCCCGUCAUCAUCAUCACUGUCUGCUACACGCUCAUGGUGUUACGGCUCAAAAGCGUCCGCCUGUUUUCUGGAUCACGAGAAAAAGACCGCAACCUUCGGCGAAUCACGCGCUUGGUUCUGGUUGUGGUAGGGGUUUUUGUUAUAUGCUGGACUCCCAUUCAUAUUUUCAUUCUGGUCAAAGCGAUAUACGCAGAUGUCCCAGAAACCACUGCGGUAACGGCAGCCUAUUUCUUUUGUGUGGCGCUAGGCUACACUAACAGCUCUCUCAACCCGAUUUUGUACGCUUUUUUGGAUGAGAAUUUUAAGAGAUGCUUCAGGGACUUUUGCUGUCCUGGUGCUCAAGGACAGGGGGAUCUCCAUGGGGUGAGUAGAGUCCGAAGCACCCUGAGAGACCACUCCUGUCCAGCAGAUGGCAGCAGGAGAGAUGGUAGUGGUAGACAGCCUAGGCCCGUAUGA